AUGCCGUUCCAACAUCACCACCGCCAGGGGGUUCCAGCCCCCAAGCGGGCCAUGACCGCGACCAUCGCGAUGUUCAGCAGCGGCCCCGCCGACGGCCAGUUCGCAGCCCGCUUCCACAACUUCGACCCGGCAGACAACCCGUUCCUGUCCAAGCCCCGCGCGGCAGGCGACAAGACGGGCGACAAGUACCUUCUGGGCGUCGGGAAAGCCGACAUCACGGGCCCCGUUGUAGAGAUCAACUUUGGCGGGUAUGCGAACCCGUCGCAGAUUGGCACGGGUUUGCGCCAGCGGCUGUAUGCGCGGUCGUUUAUUAUCGGUGAGGUUGGGUCGGAUAAUCGGUUUGUGUAUGUGAUUUUGGACGACUUGACGGGUGAUACGGCGGUGCGCAAUGGCGUGUUGGAAGGGCUGGCUGGGCUGGGGUCGGAUUAUGCGGUCUAUGGCCAGUCGAAUGUGGCUAUCACCGGCACGCAUUCGCAUAGCGGUCCGGGCGGGUGGUUCAACUACCUGCUGCCGCAGAUUACUAGCUUGGGGUUUGACCGGCAGGGUUAUCAGGCGAUUGUCGAUGGCGCGGUGCUGUCGAUCAAGCGGGCGCAUGAGUCGCUCCAGGAGGGCUACCUCGACUUCGGCACAACCGACAUCGCCGGCGCCAACGUCAACCGCAGUCCGUACUCGUACCUGGCUAACCCCGAGUCCGAACGGGCCAAGUACGCCGACGACGUGGACAAGACGCUGACCCUGCUGCGGUUCCAGCGGGCAUCGGACGGCAAGAACAUUGGCGUGCUGACCUGGUUCGCCGUGCACGCGACCUCGAUGCUGGGCAACAACACCCACGUGUCGGGCGACAACAAGGGCCUGGCUGCGUACCUGUUUGAGCAGUCCGUCCAGGGCAGCGACCAGGCCGCCGAGGGGUUCGUUGCGGGUUUCUCGCAGGCCAACGUCGGCGACACGUCCCCCAACACUCUCGGCGCGUGGUGCGACGACGGCUCGGGCGAGAUGUGCGACUUCCACACCAGCACCUGCAAGGACGGCCUGUCCGAGAAGUGCCACGGCCGCGGGCCGCAGUUCCAGAAGCUAGAUCUCGGUGUCUCCAGCUGCCACGAGAUUGCGUCCAAGCAGUUUUCUGGUGCCCGGUCACUCUAUGACUCCCUCAACGCCAACACCAAGUCGACCCCCGUGGCCGGCCCUACCGUGCGCUCGUUCCACUACUUCCACGACAUGCGCUUCUACAAGUUCGCCCUCGACAACGGCACCGAGGUGCAAACCUGCCCGGCCGCCCUGGGCUACUCCUUCGCCGGCGGCACCACCGACUGGCCCGGCGCCUUCGACUUCACCCAGGGCGACAACGGCGCUCCCAACAACCCGCUCUGGGGCGUCGUCUCGGGCCUCCUCCGCGUGCCUACGGCUGCCCAGAAGAAGUGUCAGGGCACCAAGCCCAUCCUCCUCGACGUCGGCGAGAUGGAUCUCCCCUACCCCUGGACCCCCAACAUCAUCGACGUCCAAACCUUCCGUGUCGGCCAAUUCCUCAUCAUCGUCUCCCCCUCCGAAGCCACCACCAUGUCCGGCCGCCGCUGGCGCGAUGCCGUCAAAGCCGCCGCCAUCUCCUCCUCCAUCACGGGCAACCACGACCCCUACGUCGUCCUCGGCGGACCCGCCAACUCCUACUCCCACUACGUCGCUACCCCGGAAGAAUACCAAGUCCAGCGCUACGAAGGCGCCAGCACCCUCUUCGGCCCCUGGGAACUCCCCGCCUACAUCAACCUAACCCUCUCCGCCUUGCACUACCUCUCCCCCGACCCGGCCACAGCCAAACAACAACCCCCCGCCGGUCCAACACCACCAGACAACCGCAACAAAUCCCUCAGCUUCGUCCCCGGCGUCGUCCUCGACGCCACGCCCAUCGGUAAAUCCUUCGGCGACGUCACCAGCCAACCGCCCACCACCGCCACGCGUGGCUCCGUCCUCAGCGCAACUUUCAUCGGCGCCAACCCGCGCAACAAUCUCCGCUUGGAAGAAACUUUCGCCGCGGUCGAGAAAUUGGGCGGGGCCGACGGCAAGACGUGGACGCGCGUGCGCAGCGAUGCGGACUGGGCGCUGGUGUAUACGUGGAAGAGGACGAAUUUGGUGCUGGGGUAUAGUGAGGUGACGAUUGAUUGGGAGACGGAUCAGGCGGUGGAUGAGCCGGGGACGUAUCGGAUUGUGUAUUAUGGGGAUUCGAAGGCGCCGGUUACUGGGGGGGUUACGGGGUUUGUGGGGAGGAGUCGGGAGUUUACGCUGUCUUAA